AAACAAGCAACAAUGUUUACAUUUAUAAAUUAUAAGAGGCGCUUGGUAUAAAAUGCACAGACCCAGCCGAAGCCUUUGUCAGUUUCAUUAUAUCUGAGUGGGGAAUUGUAACGAUGUUUGAAGCAAAUAUGAAACUAUUUUUGUUGAUUAUAACAGUUUUUAGUUUUGCAAAAGCUUGUCGAUUAAAUGUGCAGCAUCCGUUUCCUUUAUUGACGAAAAAUUUCGGUUCCAAAAAUGUAACAUUUCGAGCAAAAGCAAGUGGAAUAAAACUUAGUGAGAAUGAUAGUAUAGAGGUUUAUUGUGCGAGCGGCAUAGUCUAUAGGGGCUACAGAACAAAUCCUGAAAGCAUUGCGCUUCGUAAAAAGACACUGCUAUUAUGUAACAACGACGGCUACAUCUAUACUAGUGGGCAAUUUCAAAAUAUCUAUGAUACCGACUUGACAAUUUAUUGCUCGUCGUCGACUAGUUCAAACCUUUAUGAGAGUAGAAGAACAUUGGCGAACUGUGAUAAUUUCAUGAGUUAUACAAUUGGCGAAAAUAUACCGUUAGUUGGUACAGUUAUUAAGUCAGCCAUAUGUUAUGAUCUUGAGAGAUUCGCACUGAAGUAUGCUAACUAUAUAGCUUACCAAAGAAACGAUAUUUGGAUUUCAAGCGAGGCAAACCUUUCAAACGAACUCGGUGUCGAUCUUGCGCAGGCAGUUGGUAAUCUUGAAAACUAUUUCGAUUUUAUGAGCCAGUCAACUUUCAAUAUGUCAAGGGAUGUUAUGCGCAGCGAUGCAAAUCCAUUUUUCAAUGCAUUCGAAUACGACUACGACAGCAUUCUGCAAGACGACUAUUUUAGCAAUGAAUUCGGUGAUUUUACCUAUGUCUUUAAUACGAUGUGGUGGCGACAGCUACGUCAAAAUAAUUGGCGCUUCUUCCUCAAUGCGCUCAAAAAACAAACAUAUUCUGAGAAAUAUAUAAUAUUUAUAGGACCAUAUGGUAACGCAACAAUGCCAGCGAAGGAGAACCCAGAAGGCAAGCCAGAAGAUGUAACUGUACAAUCGAGUGACUUGGCUGUAUCGGCUCCUAAAUAUAUAUGGGCAUAUGUGAAACCACUCAUACCGAAUACCGCAGAGGAAUUUGUUGUAAUAGCAACCAAUUCUCCCUAUAUAGAGGCUCCAGACCACACGGAGUUCUGUGAAAAGGAUAUUUGUGACGACAUUGUCUGGUUAAAAAAGAGCAGAUUUGGACAUUUACGCCGUUUUCCAACAUUCGGUUAUACAUUCUGUUGUCAUGUGGAAGAAGUAGCGAAGAUCAUCGAGCACUUUCCGCUGUCCACCAAAGACUUGAAAACAACAACUGCCGCUGUUCCCUUGCACUCAUCAACAGCAUAAUCAACCGCAACUGUUAUCAAUUUAAUAUAACAAAAUUUAUAUCCUCUCAAAUAUUCUACAAUAUUAAUAUAAUUUUAUGUAGCUGUUGCAAAGCAAGAAAUAUAUAGAAAUAUAAUAUAUAAUUAUAGGAAUCCUUUUUAUGGGCGAAAGCAAUUUAGAGGACAGUCAUUGGCCGUAAAUAAAUAGAAUAGAAUAUAUUAGAAAUGUAAA